UUUGCCCUGGGGCGCUUCGGUGCAUAGCCGUGCGGCGCGCACAACUGGGUUCUGCUGUUGCUGUUGCUGCUCUACUUGGUUAUGCCGUCUGCCCUGCCUCGGCGGCGCUCAACAGACGACGCUGGACUGGUAUGCAACGCGCACUCCCUCAGCCCGUCUGCGCUGGUUUUCCCAGCGUAAAGCCUACGACCCAAGACACCCGUCUGCGAAAACGCCCAUGUUGAGAGGAGACAAAUCAACCUUUCCCAUGCUUCUUGUCUCCCUGUCGCAAGCUUCUCUCGGGAACACGCCGUGGCCAGAUUCAGGUCUGUGGCAGGAGGACCGCCGCUGCAACCCCUGUCCCCUUGCAUGAUGGAAGCCGCUCGGAUGCCACAAAAUAUUGCUUCGGCUCUACACUAACAGCGACUGUUGCGGCUACGGUGGUGGGAACAGCCCGGUACUGUAGGUCACCGCUCAAAGUGUAGCCGAAGCGUCCGUGCAUCUAGUCAGCUUUGUUCAAACACGUUAAAAGAUCACGUUGCGUGAAGCUUGGACUGGUUCUGCUGUACCGGCAGUGUGCGCUCACCCGCAAAUCCCUCUGCUAGGAGCGCGGGCAUAUCGUGGCGUCUUGCACUAGGCCUGCAGGGUUCACUUUGGUGCGGCAGUGGUUCGCACGUAGCAUAACGCAGGGUCAACCAACGUUGGGCCCGGCGCGCACCUUGCACGUUAUCAGAGUCGCGCCGCUGCGGGGAGAGACCUCUGCACAAAACACAUUGCUUGGACCUCGUCUCAACCAGCUGCAUACUGCAGGUACUGUACACUAGUGCUCUCCUUAUGCCAGAAGGCGGAGUUGUGCAUAAUACAAUAAAAAUAAAAAUAAGCCCAUGACUUGUUAUCCUAGAAGGCCUCGUCAUACGGCUCGGUUAGAGGGACGAUGCAUGUUUCCAGCAUUCACCCAUUGCCGACAAACAACAAGAAGCUCGAUACGGGUUUGUCUCUGGCUAUGGUGGAAAAAAAACAAAGUGUGAUAGAUCAGGUCUAGUUUGCGCACUUUGCCAUGGAAUCGGGUAUAGACACUGUGGCGGCACCAGAGGAGUGAAACAGGAUCCCAGGUGCUGGUUGGAUUCCAUCGGAUCGGGGCAAGAGACGACUUCUGGUCUGCUUCCCUUGAUUGCCCCGAUCGAGCGGACGGGCGGGCUGAAGUGGUGCCCUUGGUAGAGAGACAUUGUUUUCCUUUCGUCGCGCGUCUGCCACUGCAAUGUUGGUGGCGUGAUGGGAAGUACCGGCGAUGCGGUUUCGAUGCCGCUGCCCACAACGCGACAAUUUUUUGGAGCAAAAGUAGUUGCCUUGACAAAAGAAGGUAUUCCCGGGAUGCAUCAUACGAGGCCAAGAAUAACAACGAGUCGACUGGGGGCAUAAUGGCAUUCAUUAGCCAAGCCCUACCGGCAUUGCUGCGGUGAUGAUGACGGGCUGUCCGCCUUAUGCAUAUUUUGACAUUUUUUGUUACUGUUGGCAAGCAAGGGGUACCCUGGCUUUGUUUUUGACGUAUUUGGAAGUGUGGAAGACCAAAUUUGCUUUGCCCAGGUCAUCUGAUGAUGAGACGCAUACCAAUGAGGCGGACCUUUGCCGACGGCCAAACGCCGGGUUGCUUGCGCUGAGUUGUCACAUCAUGGGAAAAAUGAUAUAGAAAUGGAUGAUUAACGUGACAAGUUACAAGAUAAACAAAGCAAAUAAUAUGAAAAUGCUAAAUUGAAAAGUGUGGGUGCAGAAUUGGCAGUUGGCAGCUGGCAAGUCGAUGUUCAGGGUAGCGUUCACGUCGAGUUCUGGGUCCAUUGUUCUUUUGUAUGAAGCUGUCAACGGCCAUUGGUAUGGAAAAUACAGGGCAAAAUUAUGGACGGCAUAGCCACGGUAGACUCAAUUAAGCUAAUUUCUUAAACAAACAGAAUAACUACAUAAAUUAGUGUGUUAAUUUCAUAUGCUCUGAAAGGUUCACACUAUCCUAUGCUCCUUGUGUAGUAGUUAUAUCCCUGGUUAAUAAUAAUUUAAGUUAAGCUGGGGAGUCUGUUCAGCGAUGCUAUUGGCCGCGUCCAUGUGAGCACCGUUCUGAUUGGGUGCGUGGCAGCCUAUGCAGCAACGUGGGUGUUGUAGCGUGUCUGCUUGGCCUCUGCAGCGUAGGGCAGUCUGGAACUGCUGUGGCUGUUCUUGGCGGAAACGAAUUAAAAAGAAGCUAUAUUACGGUUCGGGGUUUUAAAAAAAAUUUACCAAAAUAUUCUACCCUCUGCCUUAUCUAUCCGUUCAACUUGCCAUUAUUUUUUAGGUUCCCAAAGUGUAACCGUUAUGCAGACAAAGAAAGAGGCGCCGUCAUAGCCGUAAAGUUUAAAAGUGAGCGCCGCCACCUCAAUGGCGUGGCCGCGUAGACGUCAUGGCUUGUUCAACCAAGGUUUUUUUUGCCGCCAGCGUCAUUGGGCACUGUCGUCAUUGUGAUACAGUGCACGCAGCACCGCUUUUCCAGGGCACUCAGUUGCUGUGAGCGAACCGAGAGGCCCAACGUUCGGACCCGGACACUGUAACACUCCCGCUUUGGCAGAAAUAGAUGGUGGAUCUACAGUAGCCCGUUUCAGGCUGGAAAAAAUCCCAAGAAAUUUAAUGGAUAAAAGAGAAGAAGCCUGUUCAGUAGGCCUUUUUAUUGGUGUAUUUUGAGACGUCCAUUACUAAAAGAAACGCAACCAACUCACAGGAGAGCUCAAGCGCUGCCGGCGUCUAGCACAUGCUGCUUGUUGCACGGCCACCGUAUUACAGCAUCUACCCCAACAACAGUCUUUGCUAUUUUUAAUUCUCAGAGAAAUAUUUCCAACAAAAAAACUCCAACAAAUAGCACCUACGGAAUACACACUCGAUAUUCCCCAGUAAUUUCCCACUCCUACUAAGCCUCUCCUCUUGCGCAACCACCCUCGGCUGUGUUUGCUCUUUCUGUCCCUGGUUCCCCGCCUCAGAAGCCCCCCGCCUUGGUCGUCAGGUCACCGCCACGCCAACAUUUUGAUCUUCUUGUCCCGCAGCGCUUCAACUCUUGGUCUUCUUCUUGGUCGUUUCCAUCGGGCUGUUACGUGUUUUGCUCUUUUCUUGCACCAAUACAAGAUCACGAUUAUCCGCUUAAGCUUUAAUAGGCUAGGAUAAUCUACGACUCUGACCACAAGCUUGUUCAGUCGCUAUUCCCCCUCUCUGUAACCCAAUCCUCGAACAAACCCCUUCUCGCAGCGUCAUUGACGCCGCAUCUCACCAUGUCGGAAGCAGGUGAUAGUAUCAGCGCGCACAAACGGUCAAAAUCGGCAGCUGCGCUCUCUAUGCUUCGAAGAAAAGAUACCCGCGAAGACGAAUCCGGAUCCGAAGACGGUCGACGAAUCACCCCUAACAUGUCCUCCACCCCUAGCCGUGGCCACAGCUCCAAGCUGUCCACCGCCUCGGCCAACCUUACCCGCACGCCCUCCAAGCUUGGAAGCGAUAAGGGAGCUUCUAUUGAGCAAUCGGUGCGCAAAUUCCGCGUCGUUGAAGCUCUGAGAAGCGGCGAUACGGCCGCCAUCUCCAAAGCCAUCAAGGAGACGUGCGAGGGUAGCCCAGGCGCUAGCACCACCUCGCUAUCCAACGGCUCUGGUGCGCUGGAUGACACCACCCUGCUGCAUUUGGCUAUCCAAUGCGCCGAGUUCCCAGUCAUUGAAUAUGUCUUGUCGAAUGGCAACGGCCACUUGGACGUCAAUGCCCGUGACAAGGACGGCAACACACCGUUGCACAUUGCCGCCGCCCAAGGCCGCACACCAGCGGUCAAGCUUUUGCUCGAGCAAAACGACAUCAACGACGCCAUUGUCAACUCACAGGGCAAGUUCCCCAUUGACCUGGGCAAGCUUCCCCAAUCCAUCACCCACGACGAUGCCAUCAAGGCCAUGCUUAAGAAGUCGCCAGCUGCUGUCGCUGCCCAGAGGGGCAUUCAGGAAAAGGCAGUUCUCGGCCAUGUUUCGUCUCAGGGCGGCGUUGCCGGGUCCGGCAAUGACCCUGUUGCUGGUAAAGAAGCCCGUGAGAUGAAGGGUUAUCUGAAGAAAUGGACAAACUAUAGAAAGGGUUACCAGCUACGAUUCUUCGUCUUGGAAGAUGGUGUUCUUAGCUACUACAAGCACCAGGACGAUGCUGGCUCAGCCUGCCGAGGCGCCAUCAACAUGCGAAUUGCCAAGCUUCACAUGAGCGUUGACGAAAAGACAAAGUUUGAAAUCAUUGGCAAGUCAUCUGUCAAGUACACGCUCAAGGCGAACCACGAAGUGGAAGCCAAGCGCUGGUUCUGGUCGCUUAACAACUCGAUCCAGUGGACCAAGGAUCAGGCUAGAGAAGAAGAGAAGCAAACCGCUAGAAGUGCCGAGUUGCUGCGCCAGGUCAAGGACCACACUGCGGCCUUGUCACUUCAGGAUUCCCACAGCGACGCCGGCAGCACCUCUGAUGCCUUCCGCAGGGCCUCCAACGGCCGAUCUGGUUCCAUUUCUAAGGUUCCCACCCACAGAUCUGACGUGGUUCCUGCAAGCACCAUUGGAAGCAACGAUGAUGAUGAUCAUCCCGAUAUUGGUACUGAUGGAGAAGCCUCCCGACAGCACGAACACGCUGUUAUCCCUGGAGACCACGAUGACGACGAUGACUAUGGCGACGACGCCAGCACACGUGAGCAGCCUGGUGCGACCAAGGAUGCGUUCAACAUUACUGCCCAGUCAGCCAAGUUACAGCUCGAAACCAUGUCUACUGUCCACAGCGCCCUACUCCACGAGCUUACCCAGCGACCCGCAACGCCGUUGUCUGAUCCCAAGAUUUCUCAGGCCCUCUCUACAUACGACGCCGGUAUUCGCAGCCUGAGCGGUUUGGUUGGCGAUUUGCUCAAGAUCUCCAAGGAUCGUGAUGCAUUCUGGAAAAGUAGGCUACAGCGCGAGAUUGGUAUGCGUCGCAUGUGGGAAGAGAGCAUGGCGCAGGUUGCGCACGAACAAGAGGCACUGGAGGCUCGUGUAGGCGCAGCUGAAAAGAAGCACAAGCUGACCAGGAAGGCACUCAAGGAGGUCAUGGAGGGCAACAUGUCUGCGAGUGCAACACCUAUUGAGAAGUCACAGACCGAAUUCGAUCUCGGCCCUGCGUCUCCUGGCAAGCUCGGACGAACAUCGACUGCUUUAGAGCAGGUUGUUGAUCUUUCCGACUGUGACUCUGAAGAUGAGGAAGAAUUUUUCGAUGCUGUGGACGCAGGCGAAGUCGAGGUUGUUGAACUGUCUUCUCCCAAGAGCCCCACGACUCCCUCUCAACCCGUCAUCACGGGCGGACUUGAUAUCAGCGAGUCGUUUAGCGGUUACGAGAAUGGCAUCCGUCAUCGCCUUAAGCUCGACAAUGACAACCGUCCCAAGGUUGGACUUUGGGGUAUUUUGAAAUCGAUGAUUGGCAAGGACAUGACGAGAAUGACGCUUCCCGUUUCCUUUAACGAACCUACUUCACUGCUGCACCGCUGCGGUGAAGACAUGGAAUAUGUCGAACUGCUUGACCUUGCUGUUGAGCGAUCUGACUCGAUGGAGCGACUCAUUUAUGCUGCCGCCUUUGCUGCCAGUGAAUACGCCUCUACCAUUGGCCGUGUUGCCAAGCCCUUCAACCCUCUGCUCGGUGAGACGUUUGAAUACGUCCGUCCGGACAAGAACUACCGCUUCUUUAUCGAGCAAGUUAGCCAUCACCCGCCUAUUGGUGCGGCGUGGGCCGAGUCUGCUCACUGGGAGUACUGGGGUGACUCCAAUGUCAAGUCCAAGUUUUACGGCAAGUCCUUUGACUUCAACCCGCUUGGUACAUGGUUCCUCAAGCUGCGCCCUAAGUCUGGAGGCAAGGCAGACCUGUACACUUGGCGCAAGGUAACGUCGUCUGUUAUUGGUAUCAUCACUGGCAGCCCGUCUGUUGACAACUACGGCCCUAUGGAGAUUAAGAACUGGACAACUGGUGAAGUUGCGCUGCUAGACUUUAAGCCGCGCGGCUGGAAGGCAUCAAGCGCCUUUGUGAUUAGCGGCAAGGUUAUGGACGCAUCGGGUGCUGUUCGCUACAGCAUUGGCGGCCGCUGGAACUCGAAGCUCUACGUCCGCUUAACGCCUGGCUAUGAGGCGCAAGUCGAUGCUCCUACCGGAGGCGAUGAUGGCGUCCACACUGGCAGCUUCUCCGAUCCCAACCGCGCAUACUUGAUCUGGCAGGCACACGAGCGCCCAGCAGGCAUUCCCUUCAACCUGACACCGUUUGUGUUGACCUUUAACCACAUUGACGAGAAGCUGCGACCAUGGCUGGCACCUACGGAUUCUCGUCUGCGCCCCGACCAGCGUGCCAUGGAGGACGGCGAGUAUGACUUUGCUGCGACGGAGAAGACGCGCCUUGAACAAAACCAGCGCGCGCGCCGCCGCGAGCGUGAAAACGCAGGUGAAGAGUUCCGACCGGCGUGGUUCAAAAAGGAGCGAUGCGAAGUGACUGGAGAAGAGUUCUGGAAGUUUAACGGAAAGUACUGGGAGCAGCGAGCCAAGAGUGGCCCUGAUGGCGAUCCCAAGGCAUGGGCCGGACUUGAGCCCAUCUUUGAGGAUUUGCCGGAGGGUGUCGCCCCGAUCCCUUGAAUGGGUUGACGUGUGUGGGUGGAAAAGACGGCAUUUUCAUUUUAUUUUUAUACAGCAUGGAAGCGAAUUUUGAUAUACAGCCGAGUAAGAGGCAGAAGAAGAAGGAGGAAAAAGGAAAACAAGAACAGUGUCACCUGUAAAAGAUUGAAGAUGUCUAAGGACGGCUGGCUAGUGUAGUCUAACGGGCUGUACUGUGCCGUGCCGUGCCGUGCCUGGACCUAAAUGUGUCUUAUUUUAUAUUCUAUUCUAUUUUCUAUCUAAGGGUUCUACUGUGUGUCCCGGUGACUUGCGACUGUUCCUGGCCGGUAAUCUCUUAAUAUGGGGUGUGAUAAUAAUGAUGGGUGUCUUGCUGCAGCCACUGUGCCGACUUGUCCAAUCAUUUAUCGCCAAUUAAGCAUAUUAUGCUAAGAACGUCGACGUAAAUAAUAAAUGCGCACCG